UAAAAACAUGGGCCAUAGUGUCUGUUGUGGUAUCAAGGAAAAAUUUCCUAUCCGCUUAAAAAUUACAUACUGGAACGACUAAGGUUAACAAAGAAGUAGUUCUCUAAAAAUCUGCAGCGCGUUCUUCGAAGUGUUGAAAGGACUCUUCCUCAGAAAUCGUAAAUCGAACCUGUGAGAUGCCGUAUAUUUGUUUUUAUGGGUCUCAGUUAAUUCUUUUAGUCUACCUACCGUUAGUAGCAGUUCUAGCCUUGCUUUCAACUUGUGAAAGCUGGAAGCUCGUAUGCAGGACCCAAGCCCUGUCUCAGAUCGUUUCCUUAUUUCACGAAACACCACUACAUAUAUCUCAUAUUCUGACGCCAUCCUCACUGUUAUGGUGUGUUUUUCUAAUGGCUGGAAUUAUUUGCGGUAAUUAUGUAACGCUAGGAAGCGUUUUUGAAAUUUUAAAGGAGCCAACUGUGACCACACUUGAAUCGAGUCAGUACAGCGUACAGAAAGUGCCCUUCCCAUCGCUGGAAAUAUGCAGUGUAAAUAAGAUGAGCCGAAGUGCAGUGAAUGCAUAUAUAGAGGAAAUGCGCAACCAAACAGAUCCACCACUAUCUCAACAACAGUGGUUACAAAAAGUUAAAUUAUUCGCCGGCUUCUUCGACAGUAGUUCCGUAGAUUUCAAGGAAGUUGCGGAAUUUCAAAAGACAUUUUUCAACAAACAAAAAUAUACUGUUAGGGAAACUAUAGCCAAGUUAGCGCCCAAAUGCGAAGAUCUCAUAUUGAAGUGUAUUUGGGAAGGGAAAAUCUACGAAUGUACUAAACUUUUUGCUAUGCGUUUUACGCCGAAUGGAUACUGUUGCACCUCCGAAUUCCAUGACCAACUAAAGUCUCGAGGCGGUGAUACCAUGUUACAGGGUCUCUCCUUGCUUUUAAAUACAUCCACAGAUGAUUACUUCGUAACGGAUCGCAGCUUUGCUGGUUUCACAUUACAAAUAUUUAACCUAGGUGAUUUCCCUGAUGCUUCCUUAGGUGGUAGUGUUCAGGAAUCGUUUAUACCACGGGGCAGUGAUGUUGAAUUGCGUGCGAGUGCCUUCAUACAGACAGCCACGAGUGAGUUGAGCAUAUAUAGUGUAAAUCAAAGGUAUUGCCUUUUCUAUGGUGAAGUUAUCCAUGGUGGCAAUGUAAAGUACAGCAGAGACGUGUGCAUGACACGAUGCAAGUCCCGUGGUACAUUACAGUUAUGCGGUUGUAUACCAUAUUACACGCCUUUGAGGGUUUUUAAAAAAAAUACCACCCCUGUUGAGUAUUGUACGCUAGCGGAUUUGGAGUGUUUAGAGCAACAUCGAGUUACUUUGAACACAUAUAGCCUUCUUGGACCUGCUACCGAUCAGCCUGUGUCAUGGCAAUCACUUGAUUGUCCAAAUUGCUUACCUGUAUGUGAAUAUAAUUCUUACUCUUUUCAUAAACUAGUAUCCCGCCUGUCGGACGCAUUUUUAAUACCAUUAAAUAUGAAAAUUCUGAAAUUAAUCGAUAAGGAGCGAAAAAGUUCCGAUAAAUUUAAUUAUUCUUAUGACGCUUUAGAAGCACUUAUCAAAAGCUCGGAUGACCUUAGCCUUGUUAAAAUUUAUUUUGAUACAUUGUACGCUACCCAAUAUUCGAAACGGUCACUCUACAAUUGGUACCAAAUGUUAUCAAAUAUUGGAGGAAUUAUUGGAAUUUUUAUCGGAUGCUCGCUCAUUAGUGCAUUCGAAAUUAUUUAUUUUUUCAGCUUCAAGCUAAUUAAAAACAUUCGCAAACACAACCAAAUUACAAGAACUUCUUAUCAGUAAUUUAUUUAUUGCAUAAGAAUAGGCAAGGCGCUUUGAGCAUAAUUACUUUAGUUUAUGUACAAAUUUCGCAAUAUAAUUUGGAGUGCUAGUAUUGCGAUUUUAUAAGCUUUACCGUUUAAAGCUGGUUGGUUUCCUAUGCGAUUAGUGAUGCAAUUUUUUUUUUUUUUGUGAGUAAGGUAGGGCACAAAAUGCCUUCUCAUUUACAGCGACCGUCGUUUAUUGGUUGAGUGGGUGACCACUAAAACAACCCCUCCUCUCCUUCUAGGGAGAGGUAGUGACGCUAUAAUAAUAAUUAUAAUAAAAAUAAUAUUUCCAUAUUAUUAAUAAUAAUAAUCCCUAUUUCUGUUCUAGUAUCAUAAAACAUUUACUAAUUGCCAGAACUUAGCGGAAUAAAUAUUCGGUCGUUCUGGUAACGCAGACCCUACUACCGUGGGAAUGCUGUGUAGAUUAAGAUUCGACCUAAACGAAAUCUAUAUGCAGAUGUUAAAGAAGUUAGGAUCAAGAGCUAAACUACAGUAGCUUGAUAUUUAUCACUGUCCUAUCAGGAGUAGCUCUCUCCUAAUGUCUUGCGCUAAAUUCAUUUAAAAUUUGCUCUUGGUUUUAAGAAUUUCUAUUGAAACUUUUAGCAGAAAGCGUUUAGAAAUGUAUAUGCUUGUGAUAAUAUUUACACAAGUUGAAAUAAAAUUAGCAACAUUUAAAUAAUUUUAUUAAAAAUAUAUGGAUGUGUUGCUGUUGUGGUUGUUGUUGUAGCAGCGAUACAAGCCCUGUCAGUGUAGUGUAUAUAACCGUUCGUCUUCGUCUAGCUCAUCUAACGGUAGGCCCAGGAAACAGGUUGUGUCCAGAGGGAGAGGGGUUUAGAGCGGCAUGUGAAAAGGUGGUUUGUGUCGUGCGGGGUGCCUUACAUAUGUUUGGUAUGUCGGGGUUAAUUCUGGAUAACUAGGGGUAUAACCUCCUACUACAAUAUCCAGCUGGAGCUUUUUAUCUGCUGUAGGUGAUGAAAGCAGAAAGCAGAAACUGUUUGCUGGGUAGUUUAUUGCGCUCCUUUACUGCAAGCAGUGUUGAAGAGGGGGCAUCAGGAAGCAACUCGUCGCAUUCCGAAUAGCAGUGUUUUGGCAAGUUUGUAGCUCUAUCCAUAUGGAUGUGUUUAUGUGUGUGUACGUAAUUCAGGAAUGUGCAGUGGAACUACAUUUCUUAUAUUCCCACACAUUUUAACUUAUAGUAUUCCCACUCCAUUUUCAUACAAAAUAUUAUUUUGCUAUUACCGGCCGCCGUAGCCGAAUGGGUUGGUGCGUGACUACCAUUCGGAAUUCGCAGAGAGAACGUAGGUUCGAAUCUCGGUGUAACACCAAAUUAAGAAAAACAUUUUUCUAAUAGCGGUCGCCCCUCGGCAGGCAAUGGCAAUCCUCCGAGUGUAUUUUUGCCAUGAAAAAGCUCCUCAUAAAAAUAUCUGCCGUUCGGAGUCGGCUUGAAACUGUAGGUCCCUCCAUUUGUAGAGCAACAUCAAGACGGACACCACAAAUAGGAGGAGGAGCUCGGCUAAACACCCAAAAAGGGUGUACUAUGAAUUUCGCUGAAUAUUUAAAUAUUUCAAAGAUUGAAAAAAAUAAAUAUUUGUGGUCGCAAAUACCAACCGCAUAAGUGGAAAAUAUAUUUUCGAGAAAAUUCACUUUAUCUGCACUUUUUAAAAGCACUGCUAGUUAGGGAAGCUAUUGGCUAAUACCACAGAGAGUAUUUCUUUUGAUUUACCAUCUCAGCAUUCAUUACUUUCAUAAAUAAGCUCACUUCAGUAAUGAGUUUUAUCUACAAUUCACUCCUACAUACGCUCACAUUUAUAUAUACAGUUGUGUUCAAAAGAAUAGGAGUGACCUCAAGAUAAAACAAAAAAAUCUAUUUAAUAAAAAAAAAAUUAAGAAAUAAAUUUAAAAUAAUUAAAUUUUAUUCAGUAAUUUUUUUUACCACACAUUGUUCAUUUUAUACAGCCUCUUCAUCUCUUUUUUAUUAAUAUUAUUUGAAUAUAAAAACUCAAUAAUUCACUGUUAAAAAUAAUAGGAGUGUAACACAAGUUAGUUCUUUUUUAUUUAUUUUUUAUUACUGCUGCGCAUCUGCGUGGCAUGGAAUCCAUGCCUCCUAGAUUGUGUUCCAUAAAUCUGUGGUUGGUCUUGUUGGUCUACGAUCUGCAACACUCUCUUGAUAUCCAUCCAUAGAUGUUGUACAGGGUUGAGGUCAGGCGACUGAGUAAGCCUCAACCCCCUUGCCUCGUGACCACUCCUCCUGUAUUUUAGGUCGUUGUCUUGCUGGAACAACCACUCAAUGGCAUAUCCCAUUCAGCUUAUGGCAGCAUUACAUUUUCUAAAAUUCCCAAAUACACCUGCUGAUCCAUUUUUCUUUUAUCAAGUGGAUUGUCUCAACGGCACUAUUAGAAAAAACUUCCCCAAACCAUCAUUUUCGCACCGCCAUAUUCGACUGUCUUGCCCGUCGUUCCCCCGACAGUCGGUUCUACGUUACCGGAACGAGCCUCGUAUAUGCACGAGGAAUGUUUAUGCUGCUACAACAACAACGACAACAACUGUCUUGCCCGUGUAUUGGGGAUUAUAUUCAGCAUUUCGCAGACAACGGACAUACUGCCUAGACUCAGUUCCUCCAAAUACACCAAUCUGAGUUUCAUCCGUCCACAAAAUAUUUCUCCAUUUUUGCUUUGGCCAAUUUACGUGUGCUUUCGCAAAUUUUAAGCGAGCCGCAACGCCCUGUUUAGUCAACAAAGGCACUAAUUUGAGCUCCAACAAAUGUUUCCGAACUGUUAUGUCGCUUACAUUAUGAUCUGGACGUUUUUUUAAUUCUCAGACGACGCUGUCUUCUCUGGUUAUUUUACGUGCGACCACAUUUUCCGGGUGUAUCUUUAUACGACAGGGCGUUUGCUAUCACUUGAUUAGAACACACGAGUACUUCCUUUAUUUCUCUAUAUGUUUUUUUCUGUUUUUUAGUUAUUCUUCGCUGCAGUGUUUUCCUUGACUCAUUUUUAGAAAUUAAAAACAAGAGGAAGUGCUUAAAUCUUAAUUAUUCUUAUCUAAUUUGUUUCUUUUAUACUUACUUUUCAGUUUUCUACAUAAAUGCUAAAUAACAAUUUUUUUUAAUAGUUUCUAACUCACACUCCUAUUUUUUGAACAGCACAGAAGCAAGUCUCGCACAGAAAUGAAUGUGUAAAAAUACUUUCAUAGCAACUACCUCAAGAUUAUGCUUCAUAUAUUACUUGGGGAAUCCUAUUAGAAGCACCGUUCGAAGACUGCAUUGCGUACAUGUUUUUACAUGCUAGAAAAUUGUGAUUGAAUAUAGUUGGCAUAGGCAGUGCUUUUAUUUUAGACACAGCUUUAUAUGUUGGAACCCGAAAAUAUAGGGUUUUCCAAUAACAGGAAAUAGCGUUUUUCUUAGAAUAUCAUAAUAACACCUCUUAUUAAAAACCCCUUUAGUUGACCACCUACAACUCUAUUAUUAAAACACCAAUCGACUUUAGUGUCAAAUAUUUUUU